AUGCAGUCAAGUGGAGCAGAAAUGGAAAAAGAAAAGAAGCAGUUUGUGAAUUCCCCAGAUGAUGUUUUACAAAAAAAAAAUCUGAUAAUGGCCCAUGGCUAUCCUAUAGUCAAUGCUUUUGCACUCAACUAGGAAAGAAUUGAACAGUUCCAGGGUAUGCCAGAUGACCUUGUGAUUGUCACCAUUCCUAAAGCAGGUACCAGUUGGAUUAGUGAAAUCGUGGACAUGGUUCUAUAUGAUGGAAACGUUGUUAUUACAACUAAAGCUCCAAUGUUGGAACUGAGUGUUCCUGGACUAAGACUGUCAGGACUCAGAAAAGCAAGGGGCUCUGCAGCAAGGAUGAUUUAUCUAGCUCGAAAUGCCAAGGAUGUCUCAUUUUACCAUUUUGACUAAAUGAAUAAUUUACAACCUCAUCCUGGAAACUGGGAAGGCUAUUUGGAGAAAUUCAUGACUAGAAAGGUUGCCUAUGGAUUAUGGUUUACAGUAAAGACCUGGUGGAAUAAAAAGGAAGAGCAUCCAAUACUUUUCUUAUUCUAUGAAGAUAUUACGAAGUUUCCUGAGGAGGAAAUCAUGAAGAUUACCAAAUUUCUAGAAAAGACCUUGAGUGAUGAGAUCCUGGAAAGGAUUGUCUAUCAUACCUCCUUUGAAGUGAUGAAGGACAACUCUCAGGUGAAUUACACACAUGUGCCCAACAUGAUGGACCACAGCAAAUCACCUUUUAUGCCUAAAGGAACUACUGGAGACUGGAAGAAUUACUUCACAGUGGCUCAAAAUGAGAUAUUUGACAUGAUUUAUAAGAAGGAGAUGUUUGGAAGUACACUUCAGUUCUGCAGAGACUCAAAGUCCUUAAGGUCCAACUUAAAGAAAGAGGAGAUGAGAUGCCCAGUUUACCUAUGA